GUACUUGUUUACUUUAAUUUUUCGCUUUUGACGUUGGUGUUUGAUCUAUUGUUUAGAUUUUCUUAAACCUAUAAACAGUGAUUUGUGUAAAUAUUUACAUAACACAAUCUAAUAUAAUCUGUGCGUAAAUAAUUGUUAAUUUUAAUAAAGAAGAGUUAAAUAUUGUGUUAGUGAUUAACAUAAACUCAGGAUUGUAGGCACUCGUUUUUGUUCCAUCAAAAUCGCGUAAGAAUAUAUGAAGAGUUAAAUAGAAAUAACAAACACAGGCUUGCGUUAUGGUUUUUAAAAAGGCCAAAACAGGAAAAUGUAUAGUUCCUAUUCAGAGAAACAUUACUCCAAACACGGUCAGAAGGUCAAGAAGUGGAAAAUGCGACAAAAUUAUUCUUUGGCUGAUUUUUAUACUGGGAUUAUCUUUUGCUGUUUUACUAGUCUGUAUUUUAAGCAGCCAGGCAGGCAAACAGUUAUCGUUUUGGAAGAUAAUCGAAAACAGAAGUAGUUCAAUUUUUGAAAAUGAGGGUAAUGUAGUCUCAUGUUACUAUAACACACCAAACCCAACAAAUGUUACUCAGCUAACACCAUCCAAUAUUCACCCUCACCUCUGCACACAUAUAAAUAUAGCAUUUGCACAGAUAAGAAACAACAAAAUUUAUCUUGAAGAUUCCCAACUAGAUGUUUUACCAGAUAUUGUCAAGUUGAAAACAUACAAUCCUAACUUAAAAGUUCUGUUGUCAGUAGGAGGUGCGGGUAAUAAUGAUGGUUUUUCUAAUAUGGUUAUAAACCAUGCUUCUCGAAAAGUUUUUAUCAAAUCUAUUAAAAGUAUAUUGAGAAAUCAUUCACUAGAUGGGAUUGAUUUAGAUUGGGAAUUUCCAGCAGUGAAGGGAUAUCAAAACAAUUUAAGAAAAAGGCAACGACAACACUUUUCCCAACUGUUAAGGGAAAUCAGGACAGAGUACAUUAGAGAGAAAAGAAACUAUUUGCUUACCGUUGCUGUGGCCGCUCCUCAGAUCAUUGUUGAUGUAGCUUAUGAUGUGGAUCAAAUCAACAUGUAUGUGGACUAUGCAAACAUAAUGACAUAUGACUUUCACACUUACACAAAGUUUACUCCUUUUACGGGGCUCAAUUCCCCACUUUAUGCUAGACCAGAGGAGCAACUGUAUUUGGCUACACUCAAUAUUAACUACACGGUACAAAUGUACAAAGACAAGGGAUUGGAUCCAAGUAAAAUUGUUGUUGGAAUACCUACUUAUGGCCACUCAUUUGCAUUAGUAAAUGCUAAUAAUGCUAAAGUUGGCAGCCCUGCUUCUGGCUUUGGUACACUUGGAAAUUUAGGAUUUGUUAAUUACCCCGACAUAUGUAUGUUUUUGAGCAAAUUUCAUGAUAUUGUUAUAAAUGAAGAAACAGAGGCCAAGGUACCAUAUUUACAUAAAAAAUCAGAAUGGGUAUCUUAUGAGAAUGCCGAUAGUGUUGUAGCAAAAGCAAAAUAUAUCACAGAAAACAAAUUGAGAGGUGCCAUGAUAUAUUCAUUAAAUGCUGAUGAUUAUGAUGGAAAAUGUGAUAAGUUAUCAGGAAGUGUAAAGUUUCCCCUCGCUACUACUGUUAGGAAUACUCUUAAUCAAAACCCAACAUUGAAGGAGCAAUUGUAAAAAAGAAUUGUGGAUGAUUUGCAAUAAUUAAUUAAUCAUGAUAUUUACCUUUUUCUUUCGAGCCACAUAAGUAAUUUUAUACAUUGUACAAGAUUUCAUGAUAGCAAAAAUCAACGAGACAGUAUGAAGUGUAAGGCACUCUUGAUGACGGUCAUCGCGGCGCGGGCGUCGACGGCGCCCACGCGCUUCGGGCUCUCGCGGCCGCGGCGACGCGACUCAGAGCUCUGCGCUCCAAGGCUCACCCGCGCCGAACCGCAUACGGCACGCAUUCCGUACUUUUACAAUUAGAAAAAAAUAUAAGAAACCGCUUCAAUGCCCGCAAGUGGGGGUUUCCACUCGACCGAACGCAUAUCCAAGUGGUAAUGUCUGCCAAGUUGAGUACGUUGCUUUAAUUAGCUAAUUAUAAAAUACAAUAUUGACAGUUAUUCCAUUUGAAACGGUAAUAAACUGCCGUCACUCUACAAACCCUGUAUUUAUUAUAUACUUUUAUCACACUUCAAGGUACAUAAUGCAUACUGCAAUUUAAUUUUAGUUAAUAAUUUAUUUUCUUUAUAACAUUUAUUAAAAAUAAAUAACUAGCGAAAACAUUCGAGUUUGUAUAAACUUGUUUGUAUUAAGACUAUUGGGAACGGAUUAGACAUAAUUCAUGAAUUCGAAGUCGUAUAAAGUUUAUCGUUGAGCCAUCAAAAUAUGUGUUUAGUUGUAACUAAUGUUAUGGUUAUUAUAAGUAGGCUAAGUAAACUAGAUACCACCAGCGUUUUGGAAAUUGUGUUUUUCGUAGGUUUAAUAUUCAUAUUACGUAAUAUUAUAUAGAUAUUUCUCUACAAACGUUUAUAAAAUAAUGAACAGUAUUAACAUUUACAUGUUACAUUAGGUGUACAAAAAUUUUGUCUACUACUUUGAAGACUAAUCUAGUCUCUAUCUGAGCAUGCGGUUCUUAACCGAUGGUUGUGAGUUCAAACCUGACAAGCCUCACUGAGUGUUCAUGUGCCUAAUUUGUCUUAGUAAAUCUCGUGUUCAGCGGUAAAUGAAAACACCGUAUUCCUUACGGUUUCCAUAAGGAAACCUACGUUGUAUCGGAUGAAAUUCUGUUAGAUGGGAAUCCACCAACCCGCGCUGGAGCAGCUUAAUAGCAUAAGCUCCAAACCUUAAAACGAGAGAAGACAUUCCACGUCUACGAGCAGUGACUACUUUGUUUUUACUUGGGUUAAAUUUCGUUGUUUAUAUAUUCAGCCUAAUUUCAAAAUCUUGUAUCAGUUUAUUCUGGAUUUGUUUUAAGUGGCUGUUUCAUUAUUAUCGGCUGUGAAUAUAUUUAGGCAAGUAUUACUGUAUAAAUAUUGUUAUUUUAAUAAAUUAUUUAUUAUCAU